AAACGUCAUCCGAUUCUCAUCGGCCCUGGAUCCAAACUGGUAGCGAUCGGCGGGCGGAUCGACCGGAUAAUGGCGCCCCUUCUUGUCCGACCCUAUUUUGGCAUCGUAACAGGUUCCAACGAAACCCGCCAGCCUCUUUUCUUUUCUUUCCUUUCCAUCCAUCUUACAUCUUCGACUUCCAUCACCUUUCCAUUCCUUUUCCUCUUUCUGCCGUCCUUGAGCCACGAGUGAUUAUCACCGAUCUCAUCGACGGCAUCAAACCAUGGGGUUAUCAACCCGUUUUUUCCGCAUCCCGCGGCCAGAGACAUUCCUCUAUGCCAUGAGCCUCGAAACCGGCGCUUCUCUCAUCACCUUAUCGUUGCUUCUCAAUAAAAUCAGUGGUCUUUAUGGCCUCCUCGCCUUGCUGACGGGAUAUCACCUUUCUCCCGUUCAGCUGUCUAUGUACCUCUAUUCGCUUAUUGCUCUCGGUCUCGCGACAUAUCUCUUCCCGCACAUUCGGAAACAGUCACCGCUACAAUGUUUGGCUCUCGCCUAUUUCUAUCUUUUCGAUAGUCUUAUCAACGCAGCCUACACUGCCACUUUCGGAGUGACGUGGUUCCUGGUCAUCUCCCAACAUUACGAUAGUGGGAAGGCAUCCGGCCCCGGCAGUGAGACUAUCGCGCAGACUGCCGGCUUUACCAGUCCCAAGUACGACACAUCCUCGUCUUACCUAGAGUCGGUUCGAAAUGCUGCCCGCUCCGCAGCGGCCUCUGACGGCAUCAGCAACGCUGUUAGCCAGCCGGAAAGCUUCCAGAGCAUCAUCUUCAUCUGCUCUCUGUGGAUUAUCCGAGCCUACUUCGUUUUUGUGAUGCUGGCUUUUGCCCGACAGGCGCUGCGUAUCUAUGUCGCCAUUCCCCGCCACACUCAGCUUCCGACUCACAGCCGCAACACAUCCAUGGCUAGUGUCGCCAGUGUCGCUGAUAUCGACCGUGAGCCAUUCUCUCCUUUCAGUCCUGAGGGUCAGGGUUGGGAAGGCAAGCUUGGCCGGGCCAUGAUCAGUGUUGGUCGCAACUACUGGCUUGGCGAAGAGGAAGAUGGCAGCAGCUGGAUACAAACCAUCGGCCGCAAAUUCCGCGCUCGUGGCGAAAACACUGAGCUUCCCGGUCCUCUAGAGAGGGAGAGAAGACGUCGAUCGGGAACCGGUCCUCCUCAACCUUCUCAGUCUGCAGUUCAAGCCAUCGCCCUGCAACAGCCGCCUUCGGGAAUGAAUCUCAAGGUGAAUGACUGGAGUGAUGGUCGGUAGAUCACUGAUCUUACCGUCAAAUAUCAGUUUGAACGGCUUGUCUAGUUCGUUCUCUUGAUUUUUGGUUGCCGUAUAAAAGGACCACUGGUUCCAAUCUUUUUGC